CAGCGAUCCUUCUCUCUUGAGUGUCCUCCCAUCUCAUCCAAUCCAUCCCCGCCACCACAGGCAAAGGCAACCCAAAAGGAGCCGCCAUGGGCUCCCGCUACGAGGUGGAGGUGACGGUGGGGUCGGCGAGCAACCUGAAGAACGUCAACUGGCGCAACGGCGACCUCCGGCCCUACGCCGUGCUGUGGGUGGACGACGGGCCCAAGUGCUCCACCCGCGUCGACCCCGACAACGGCGAGGACCCCGUGUGGGACGAGAAGGUGGUGGUCCCCGUCCCGCCCGCCUCCGCCGCGCGCCUGGGCGACGCCGUCCUCCACAUCGACGUCGUCCACGCCGCCGGCGACGACGCCGACGCCGUCAAGCCGCUCGUGGGCUCCGCGCGCCUCCCGCUCCGCGACGUCCUCGAUGACGCCGGCGGCGUCGGCGGCGCCAGGGUCUCGCGCACGCUCAGGCUGAAGCGGCCCUCGGGCCGCCCGCAGGGCCGGCUCGAGGCCCGCGUCGCCGUCCGCGAGGCCGCGCCGCCGCCGCGCUACUACGACCCGAACCCGUACCCGGCGCCCGCGUACGGGAACCCCGGCGCCGCCCGCGACCCGUACUACGCGGCGCCGCCGGCGUACGGCGGACAGCCGCCGUACGCCGCGCCGCCGGUGGGGUACCCGGCCGACGCUCCUCCUCCCUACGGCGGUGGUUAUGGCUACGGAGCUGCUGCUCCGACGGCGUACGGCGCUGAGGCUGCUCCACUACCUGCCCAGCAGCAGAAGAGCAGCAAGAUGGGGAUGGGGACGGGGCUGGCCGUGGGCGCCGCGGCGGGGCUGCUGGGCGGCCUCGCGCUGGCGGAAGGGGCGAGCUACGUGGAGGACAAGUUCGAGGAUCGCGUCGCCGAGAGGGUGGAGGAGGAGACGUUCGGCGACGGAGAUUACGAUGACGAUUACUAGAAUGAAGCAGGUCGGAGAGGAGAUCAUGAUCAUGCAUACGGAACCGAAAUCCAGGCAACAAGUCGAAGUCGAGUAGCUCAAAUGUAUUCAAAUAAUAAGUGAGAUCACCCCAGUCGAGAAAAAAAAUCAAAACUUGAACCAUGGCAAUAUAUGUUAAUCGCCAACCAUUUGAUCG